AUGCGGCUCCCCCGACCCCCUUUUGACUCGGAGCUCGCGCCCAUCCAAGCUGCCUUUGAGCCGUUCGGCCCCAUUACCCCAGAGUUCGUCAUCAAUCACCACGCCCGCACCGACCGUGCCUUAGAAGCCCCGCACAUCGCCGCCGCAGAAGCUAUAGGCGACCGGCCCCUCACGUACGCCGAGCACACGGCCCCCGGCCUUGGCCUGAAUGACCCUCCCAUCGCGCUCUCCAUCUUCACGCCCAAUGCGGCCUCAGUGAGUGAUAAGAAGCAGUGGCCCUGCAUCUUAUACGCGCAUGGCGGUGGCCUAAUUUUCCUCCACCGCCUCGUCGGACUCUCGCAGCCGCUGGACUGGGCUGUGGCCGCAGGCGCCGUGCUCAUAAGCGUCGAGUACCGCCGCGCGCCGGAGCACCCGCAGCCAGCAGCGUCGGAUGACUGCUUCGCGGCACUGAAAUGGGUGCAGGCGUCAGCAGGCGUACUAGGUAUUAACGCAGCGCGCAUCCUGGUGGCCGGGCAGUCGGCAGGCAGCGGGCUGGCGGCCGGGCUCGCGCUGCGGGCGCGCGACGCGGGGCUUAACCCUCCGGUACACGCGCAGAUGCUGCCUUGCCCAAUGCUCGACGACCGCUGCAAUUCCAUCAGCUGCGCGCAGUUCGAUGACGGCGUAGAGCCAUGGGACCGGACUAAGAACGCGGCGGCGUGGGCCAUCGCGCUGGGCGAGCGCGCCGGGGCCCGGACCCGGGCCGGCGACACUAUAAGCUCAUACUGGGCGCCUGCGCGGGCCGAGACACUAGUGGGGUUACCGCCCGCGUACAUUGAGGCGGGCUCCGCCGAGUUCUGCCGUGAUGAAGCAGUGGAGUUCGCGUCGCGGCUCUGGUCGGCCGGGGUCUCGGCAGAGUUACACGUAUGGGCGGGCGGCUUCCACGGGUUUGACGAGAUGGCACCAGAUUCGUGGUUGGGACGCCGGUCUAUCGCGACAAAGCUGGAGUGGGUGCGGCGGGUGUUGACGGAGUGA